AUGCAUCUGCAUGAGGCAACAGCAGCAGCAGCAGGCAGCAGCAGCAGCAACAGUAGCAGGCAGCAGCAACAGCUGCAGCCAACAGCAACAGCAGCAGCAGCAGCAAACAGGUUUGCAAGGGCCCCACAAACUGCCCAGGCAUUCAAGAGUCCUUCUUCUCGCCCUCCUGCAGAGUCAAAACGGAAGCAAAACAGCAGCAGCAAUGCAGCAGCAGCAGCAGCAGCAAGGCAGCAGCAGCACAGCAGCACAGCAGCAGCAGCAGCAAGGCAGCAGCAAAAGACACCAGCAGCACGACAGCAGCGAGACAGCAGAAAGACAGCUGCAGUUGCAGCAGCAACAAGACAACAGCAAGGUAGCAGCGCAAUACUGCAACAGCAACAGCAGCAAGACACCAGCAGCAGCAGCAGCAAGACAACAACAGCAACAGCAGCAGCAGCAGCAGCAGCAGCAGCAAGACAACAACAGCAACAGCAGCAGCAGCAAGACAACAGCAGCAACAGCAGCAGCAGCAGCAAGACAACAGCAGCAGCAGCAGCAGCAAGACAACAGCAGCAACAGCAGCAGCAGCAGCAGCAGCAAGAGAACAACAGCAACAGCAGCAAGACAACAACAGCAACAGCAGCAGCAGCAAGACAACAACAGCAAAAGCAGCAGCAGCAGGAGCAGCAGCAGCAGCAGCAGCAAACCUUUUUCUUGAGAGCCCUUUUUCUGAGACUGAGGCACUGGCCAAGUCGAAUUUUGUUCCAAAAGCAGCACCCCAACCACCCCCAGCAGCAGCAGCAGCAGCACCCCAUCCAGCAGCAGCACCCCGACCAGUCCCCGCAACAGCAGCAGCAGCAGCAGCAAGCAGCAGCAGCACCUCACCCAGCAGCACAAGCACCCGAACCACCCUCAGCAGCAGCAGCAGCAGCAGCAGCAGCACCCCACCCAGCAGCAGCAGCACCCGACCACCCCCAGCAGCAGCAGCAGCAGCAGCAGAAGCAGCAGCAGCAGCAGCAGCAGCAGCAGCAGCAGCAGCAGCGGACCAUUGCGUGGGGCAAAAUCCACCACCAAGCGGCACACCUUCAAAGGCCCACUUGCUGUCAGCUCCAGCUGCAGCAGCAGCAGCAGCAGCAGCAGCAGCGGUUGCAGCACCGGCAGCGUCAGCAGCAGCAGCAACAGCAGCAGCACAGCAGCAACAGCGACGGCAGCAGCAGCACAGCAGCAACAGCGACGGCAGCAGCAGCAACAAUAGCAGCAGCAGCAGCAACAGCAACAGUAGCAGCAGCAACCGCAGUAGCAGCAGCAGCAGCAAUAGCAGCAGCAGCAGCAGCAAUAGCAGCAGCAGCAGCAAUAGCAGCAGCAGCAUCUCCUUCCACGUCAAGCCACCCCCCGCCCGCACCUCCCCACAGCCCCCUCAACAGCAGCAGCACACACAGCAGCACAAGCAGCAGCAGCAGCAGCAGCAGCAGCAGCAGCAGCAGCAGCAGCAGCAGCAGCUG